AUGUCCGUGAAAGCUGAAAAAGGUGAAGAGAGACUACGGAGAAAUCAAGGCGAACCUUGCAAUAACCAACCAAGAGGGACACAAGGGAAGACAACCAAUAAGCAACAGCCACAUCAAACUGGACGUACUCUUAAAUAAGUGAAACUAAACAAAUUAAUGUAAUUGUUUGGUCAGAGAAAGUCUUGAUUUAAAUAUCUAUUUUCCUAAGUACAUGGGGAAUGUAGUGCCAGUGUUUCUUCUUUGAGUAUUAAUCAAACUAAAAAUGACAUUGGGAUAAAUUGCCAUUUAAGGAUCUACAAUAAGAUUUAACGUUCACCGACACUGAGGUGAUAUCCGAAGCAACCAACCAAUUUCUGCAAAAAGCACUAUCCACCUCCCGAGUAUAUGUUAAUGUCAUAUCUUUUUUUAUAGAGUUUUCUGUAAAGAAGCAAAGACAACUUCCUUCCAGCAUGAG